GUGUCUCCGUAGGACAAACCUGCUACUCUGUUUUGAGACAAUCAUUAAGCUAGCUGUUCCCACACUGUAUCUCAGUUACGCUACUAUUACAAGAGCCUGCGUGAUGGUUUUGACUCAAAGAUGACCAGCACCCUGAGCGUAUGACCGACAGAAAAUCUUUCACUUAGCAGGUCAAAUUUAAGGUUCCACACAGGGUGACCCAUGCUUUCUGAUGAGCUUGACUCCAAACCAGAGCUGCUGGUGCAGUUUGUACAAAACGCUUCCAUCCCGUUGGUGCAGGGUCUGGAGGACUCGGAGUCCAAACACUCCUGCCUGCCUCUGCUGGCUCCAGCUGAGAGCUCACUGUGCAGCCCGCUGGAGCUCACAGAUGGAGGCUUGAGCCAUGAGCCUGAGAGUUCUCCAUCCCUGUCAGAGUUCGGAGGUGUGUCGGAGCGGAGCCCUUUAGUGGUCCAGACACACUCACACUCCCGGGCCUCGCCCAGCCCACCGCCCAUCCUCCAUGACUUACAACAGUCAGACAGCACUUCCUACGUCCUGCUGAACCUUGCGAAAGGCAUCACAGCCUCCUCAGAGUCCCUGAUCUUCGCCGCAGAUGGCGCAGGGGAGGAUGACGAUGAGGGGGUCUCAUCAGGGGACUAUGGGAUAGAUGGCAGUGCUCCCUGGUAUCUGCGGGUACAGGAGCUGGCACAUGACAGCCUGAUUGCAGCCACACGGGCACAGCUUGCGAGAGAUGCCAAGGCCAGCCAGGAUGCCAGAGCUGCAAGUGUCAGUAACGGUGACCACACACACAGUUUGACAGCAGACGGGGACAAGCGAGAGCUGCCGUCUCGAACCAGCCGCCCCCUUUCCAAGCAGAUCCUCCGCUGCUCAUUUGAGGGUUGCUGCAGGACGUUCACCUGGCCGGCUCAUCUCAAAUAUCACCUCAAAACACACAGGAAUGACCGAAUGUUCAGGUGCGGCGCAGAGGGCUGCGGGAAGAGUUUCUACGUGCUCCAGAGGCUGCAGGUUCACAUGAGGACUCACAACGGCGAGAAGCCCUUCAUCUGCAAGGAGAAGAACUGUGGCAAGAAGUUCACCACUGCUGGAAACUUGAAGAACCACAAACGCAUACACACAGGAGAGAAGCCUUUUCUAUGUGAAGCAGAUGGUUGUGGGCGAUCCUUUGCAGAGUAUUCCAGUCUACGAAAACACAUGCUCGUACAUUCUGGUGAGAAGCCUCAUCACUGUGGUAUCUGUGGUAAGACCUUCUCUCAGUCCGGCAGCAGAAAUGUCCACAUGAGGAAGAGACAUGGAGAGGAGGGGCUCAGCAGCGAAAGCAGAGAAACAGGAGAGGCUCUGACACAAAGCAGCCUGCUGGAGGCAGACGGUGAGAACGGAGAUGGUUUGGUCACCAUGACAACAACCGUGGAACCCAUGAAUCUUCAUCAUGCCAUGCUGAGAUCACCAGGCUCUGCAGACUCAGUGGUAGUUCUGUCCCAGCCACAUGAGCUGGUGACCAUGACGACCGAAGGCCAUGCAUAUGGAGAAGAUGUGGUGUCGCUGCUGUAGUCUGCCGUGAAAAAUGCCACACACUGCCUAUUUCAGCAGCACUAGACUCAGUCAGAGUACUAAACAUAGACAUCUAUUUGUAAAUAGAUUAAUCACUGACUUUAACCCAUGUAGAUAUUUGUAAUUAGCAACCAAUGAUGGUUUUAUUUUGACAAGUGUGAAAGGGCAGAGUUUGUACAAACAACCUUCUUUCUCAAGUUUUUGAAAAUAAAUACUCCCAAAGAAAUACUGAGACGGGUUUUAAAAUUUUAUGAUAAUAUAAUAACCAUGCAUUGUUCUGUGCACUCUCACUGUAAACAGAAGUCUGAGGUUGAAAUGCAGUGAUGGUCACAAAUGAACAGCGAGUGCCACUUAUUUUUAACCAAAACUUCAGUGGCUAAUAUGAUUGACUGUACAAAUUUAAAUGUACCAGACACUUGUAUACCCCAUUAUCUUUGUUAGUAAUAACAAAACACUUGCCACUGA